UCUUAUUACUUUUAAAUCAAUACACACACAAAUGUUGCGCACAGCCUUGAACACCUUCCAAAACUCAACUCGUCUUGUACGCACACCUAUUGCCUCGACCGGAGUACGCUUCUAUCAUGAAAAAGUUAUUGAUCAUUACGAAAGACCCCGUAAUGUCGGCUCUUUCCCCAAAAGCGACCCUGAUGUCGGCACUGGACUUGUUGGUGCACCAGCCUGUGGUGAUGUUAUGAAGCUUCAAAUCAAGGUUGACGACAGCACUGGAAAGAUUGUCGAUGUCAAGUUCAAAACAUUUGGCUGUGGCUCGGCUAUUGCUUCCAGCAGCUUUAUGACUGAGCGUGUCAGAGGCAUGACCCUCGAGCAAGCUAGUCAGGUCAAGAACACUGAGAUUGCUAAGGAGCUCUGUCUGCCUCCUGUCAAGUUGCAUUGCUCAAUGUUGGCUGAGGAUGCUAUCAAAUCCGCUAUCAAAGAUUAUAAGAGCAAGCGUGACGCCAAGGCUAUUCAGAUCCCUUCUGCUGAACCUACUCCUGCCCAGGCCACCGCAUAAAGAAAAAUGAACACAUCUACACCCACAUCCACACAGACACACAAUUCAAAAAUGUAUUCACCAUCAAACAAGCAAACAAACAAACAGCAACGAUAUGUUCAUGACUUGCCUCGGAAUGUUCAUUGAAAUUGCAUUCUCAUCCUUUCUGUAACAUAGCAUUCUAACCAUUCAAUAUAAAUAUCCAUAGUCUUUUUUUAAUUUUUAGUAUUUUUGAAUAAAAUCAGCCAGGUUAUCCAUUUAUUUUCUCU